AUGGACGACUCGGUGCACAAGACGAGGAAGGAGAUGCUCAUGCGGGAGAUGAGCAACGUGGAGUCGAUGGCUGACGACGGUGACCGUGUGGCAGGGGGCGGGUCCGUUUCUGGGCCCGGACACGGGGACGGCGGUGUCGCUGGUGCGGCGGAGGGGUCGUUUCUCGACGGGAGGGUUGGGGAGCUGGAGCGGCGGAUUGCGAUGUUCGAGACGAUGUUCCAUGCGCUCAGCGCGAAGCUGGACCACAACUUCAAGAAGUACGACAUGGUCGUCAAUUCGCAGCAGCAGCAGAUCAACGAGCUGAACUCGAUGAUCUCUGUCAUGCUGAACGACCAGGCACGGCACGGCGAGAUACUCAGGGACAAGCUGUCCAGCAGCGUGCACGGCAUCACCGCCACUACGAGUCUCAUCAACGGUAUACACUUGAACUUGCCUAGCGACACAACCCCAACGGCGAGCACCGUGGGGACGAACACCGCGAUCGUCCCACAGCAGCAGCAGGGGAGCGGGAACCAGGGGCUCAACAUGAGAGGCGGAAUGUUUAACCAGUCCAGCUCAGACCCGUUCUUCGACGAUAUUCUGAACAGCAGCACCAACAACAAUAACAAUAACGCCGGGACACGCCAGGACGGAGCAAUGCGGAUGGUCGGCGGCGCAGUGAAGCCCACUUUCAUCAGAGAGACGUUCAAUUCCAACGGCAGAGUGCUACAGCAGCCGCAAGUGAACGCCGGACCGUUCCAGAACGCGGCGAUGAGCUACGACCAACAACAGCAGCAGCAUGCGAUGCCACAGCAACCGCUCGUACAGACGGCCGGUGGGAGCGUAGUAGACACAGGCUCAGAGAACCACAGGCAGAGCAGCAUCAGCCGAAGGGCCAGUCCGCGGCACGACCAGACGAUCUUCGAGACCGGGGACCAAUCGCCCCCCGGGAACUCGCACGCCGCCGCUGCCGCCUCCGCGGGGACGCAGCGCAUGAUCUCGAAGGAAUUCCAGUUCAUCAAGUCGCCGCACACGGUCCGCGAGGUGUGGCUCGAGUACACGGAGGGCGUUAGUGGGCAGCCAUCGCUCAGGGAGAUGGAGAACCGGUACCAGACGAGCUGGCGCCGCGACCCGGCUGUCACGAAGCACUACGCGCGCAGGAAGGUGCUGUGCAAGGCCAUUGAGAAAGGACUUUCCAGGGGCUACACGCUGGAGUACAUAAUCGACUUGCUCGAGAACUACAGGAUUGUCGACCACGAUAAGGGCAUCAAGCAGCCAAUUGGGUGGCUGUGCCACCCGGGGAACAUCCCCGAACUGCUGAGGUGA